UUUGGAAGUCAGAAAAUAGGUCAUUUGAGAACAACAAAAAAACGCGUGGAUAUAUCUGAAAAUGCCAUAGAAAAAUAUACAAAUAUGGAAGAGGGAGAAAUAAUUUGUGAGGUGGUAGAGGAGGAGAUCAUUUCAAUCGAGGGUCCCCAGACUGUGAUUGCUGAGGAAGUAAUUAUAUCCAUGACAACAGAUGAUUCACCAUAUCAAAGUAUCCAAAUAGAAAGUAAACCUACGGAAGAAGUUAUUCUUGUACCUCCAAAGUCUAAACGACAACCUGGAUACACAUUUACACCAUUAGAGUUACCUCCCUGUAAAGUGUGCAAUGGCAAAGCAUCAGGCAUCCAUUAUGGUGUAAACAGUUGUGAAGCUUGUAAGGGCUUUUUUAGAAGAUACUUACAAAGGAAGGAGCCAUAUAAAUGUAUGAAGGAAGGCCAAUGUGAAAUUACAGAUAGAAGAAGAGGAAAUUGUUCUGCUUGUAGAAUGCAGAAAUGUGUAAUGGUUGGAAUGUCAAGAGAUGCUGUUCGUCAGGGAAGAUAUACAUUGACAGAGAGGACAAAGACUAUUAUGGAAGUUAGAGAAAUUCAUGAACGAAACAUGUUAUCUGCUGGUUUGGACAUUCUAGCAGAAGCUGCUAGUCAGAAUAGAGCAGCUCUUAUUAGUGAAUCUCCAGGGUCUUGUAAUACUGAAAAAAAUAAUAACAAUCAAGGCACUGAUGAGACAAGUACUGCUGUAUCUAACAUUGACACAUCUAGUACUGGUCCAGUCACUGGCGAUACCGAUCACUCAUAUAUAAAUAGCAGUGGUCAGUGUGACUCAUUUGAAAAUAUAGUGACUAGUGGAGGUAGCAAUCCUCAGAAAGAUAUACUUACUCCGACCGAUGGAAAACCUUUCAUUGGAAUAGAUUUCUUUGGAUGUGGACAGCGUCAGAAAUCGUUAUUUGAUGCAAAGAUUGAUCUUCCACGACAGUGCUGGCCUCAGGUUUUAAGUAACUUAGUUUCCGCUAUGACUAACUUGACUCCUUUGCAGGCUAAAAGUAAAGAAGAAAUACAGGCAAUAUUAGAGGAAGGCCAGCACAAGUAUGAGUUACAGAAGCAGCUAUUUGGAACCUUACAAUGCCUAUCUAAUGAGGAACAUCAAGCUAUUUUUGAAGCCACUGGAAUUGACAUUGACAACAGGAAUAAGUUUUUUGAAGAUCAUAAUAAGACUAUGACAACUUUGAUUUUAGGCUUUAUAGACUUUGCUAAAGUUAUCCCAGGAUUUAUGGAUCUCCCUGUUUCCGACCAAGCUUCUCUCCUUAAAGAAUCUCGUUUUGAAUUUUUCAUGAUCAGUAGUCAUGAAGCCUUUGACCCAAAUACUGAAAUAAUGAUGACAUACAAAGGUGAAACUUAUCACAUGACCCAGUUUUGUGGAUUUCUCAACAACGCUAAUUUCAGAAAUUGGCUCCAAUUUACUCGGAAAAUAAAACAUUUUGAUUUUACUCAGAUGGAAAAAGCAUUAGUCCUUGGAAUAACUCUCACAUUUAGAGAUCGAGCUCACUUGGAAAAUCCUGAUAAAGUGGAGGAGAUCCAACUGUGGCUCAUUGAACAGUUAAUGAUCUGUUUUAAACUGCAUCAUGGGAAACGCUGUCAAGAAUACUUCAGAAAAUUAAUUGACAUGUUCAUAGAGUUUAGAAACAUCACAGAAGAAUUUUUACAGACUCAUAAGAAAUGGAAAAAUGAUCCGGUCAUGAGGACAAGAAUUCCAGCUUUAGGUUUCUUUCUGUUUGAAGAUGACUGAUGAUAUUAUUGUUUAUAAUUAUUGCCUUUUCCACUUUUGUUAUUGAAAUUUUCUUCUCCCACUGUUACCUGAAGGAGGUAGACCUAGGUUAAGGGAAACAACUCUUAAAAUCAUUAGUACGUUUGUUUCAACCAAUUUCAAAAAUAUAUUCUAAGCUUCUAGGUUACACUAGAUUAUUUUCAAUCUGUUUCAGAUAAAUGCUUAAUAUACAUUGAUGAAGUUACAAACUCAUAACUGAUUUAAAGAGUUAUCUCCCUGAUCCAAGGUCUACCCCAUGAAGAGGACCAUUUUUUGUCCGUCCAUUUUAAAUAUGUCAGACAUAAUGUAUGAGCAGCUUUUCAUGACCCUUGCCGGUUUGCUUCGACUUUUGUUAAAUGAUAUUGUUAGAGAAUGUAUACUUUGUAGUAAUAUGAGUUAUUGCUCUUUGCUUGAUUAAGGUUUUAUCAUAACUAAUUGUAUUGUUGUUUGUUAUCAUGCUAUUUUGAAUGUCCAAAUGUACAAUACAAAUAAUAUUUUGAGGCAACAAGUCAUGUUUUAACAUUGGCAAAGCCAUGUCAAAGUUUUUAUGAGUAAUAUUUCAUGGACGAUUUUCAGCAUUACACAUUCUUUGGGAGUUUGCCCUUUGUUUAUAUUUC